UUAAUCCCGAAGAUAGUUAACGCAUCUUGCUAAGAAGAGUUAUACUACUGCGUGAGGAUAGGACGAGUAAACACGUGUAUCCAAUCAUGGGAAAAGAAAAGAUUCUUUCUUACUGUUAGUUAAAACUGCAGUUCUAUACGAACCGUCGUACCGCGUAGUAGAAUCCGAUAGUUCAACAGUAUUACACGAGAAAGGAUUCUCUACUAAGGAUCGAUUCAAAUAGCAGGAAUUAAAAAUGGAUCCGGCUAUUGAUAGGAUGACAACACGAUUGAUCCUAUUGGUCAUCCUUUCAUGUUUCACUUCUUUUUCUCAUGGAUUUAAUACGAAAUGUCGAACAAAAACUUCACCAGGGAGAGAAGUUAUUUGUUAUACUUCGAAAAAUGACGUGAGUUUAAUCGGAGAUUCGAUCUGUAGGUGCACCACUUUGGUACAUCUAGGACACGACAUACAAAAUCUUUCAAUUACUGAUUUUCUAGAAUUUAGCGAGGAUUUGAAAGAAGUGAAUCCACCGAUUCAAUUCGUCAUUUCAAUUAACGAUCCAGCAGGAAUUCUUAAAACUUCCGGUACGAUUCGUCAGACAACGGUUGCCCGUUUGAUUAACAUUUUAAAUGAGGUUGAUGGUGUUGAAUUAAAUGUAACAGCUGGUUCGAAAGAACGUCUUUAUCAUUUCGUGAAGGGUCUCAAAGAUGAAAUGGUACGAAAAUCUAUCGACAAAAGGAUACUUAUGGCAUUACCAACGAAACCAGAAGAUUUAGCUAAACAAUUUGAUCUAAAACAACUUUCAAAAUACGUGGAUCUAUUUACGAUUGCAACUCAUUACCUAACAGAUGACGAUGAAGUUUAUUAUACUUUCCAUCCUUCACGUAUGAUCGGUCUAUUCGAUAUGCUCAACACGGACAGCUUGGUUGAUCUCAUAAGCGGAUUAGGUGCACCUAAAAACAAGUUAUUGAUUUCUAUGCCAGCAAGUGCUUACAAAUUUAAUUUAAAAAAUGAGACUGAAAAUGCACCAAGGUCAAAUACCGAAGACAAAUUCCCAACUGUCAUCGAUCGAAAAGAGUUUUGUGAAUCAAUGGAUGAUGAAGAAUGGACGAUUGAAAGAGACGAGGAUUUAACGGCACCUUAUGCAUUUAAAAAUAAAACAUGGAUAGCAUUCGAAGAUAAAAUUUCAGCACGCAUUAAAGGAAAAUAUGUAAUUCUACGUGGACUUGCUGGUUUGGGUAUUUGGGAUAUAGAAAAUGAUUUAAAAAGUGAUUGUGGUGAACCGAUAACUCAUGAUGUUUAUCGGUCAUUUAGAAAUUUAAAGAAAAGAUCGGCACAUGAUGUUUUCACUUCGUUAGAAGAUGAUCUUCAUCAAGCAAAAAUUACAUAUCCAAAUAAAGUCAAAUCAUCAUUAUACAGAGUGGUUAGAGUAGUUGAUACCGAAGGACACAUUCGUGCAGUACGUGAAAAUACCCAAACUGAAUUUCCUUGUGUAAGGCAAGGUUUCUUUGUACAUCCAAAAAGUUGCAAUAGAUUUUAUCGAUGUGUCAAGUUCAAUCAAGCCAUAGAAAAUUAUUCGGUCUUUGAAUUUGAUUGUCCAGCUGGUUUGGCAUUCGACGAGAGAACAGAAGUUUGUGUUUGGCCAGGAUCUUUGUCUCAAGGAUCUCCAUGUCCCGGAAGUAGCGAAGUUGCACCUGCUCCUCAAAUUAGAUUUCAGUGUCCACCUAAACCAGGAUAUUAUGCCGAUCCACGAAAUUGUCGUUGGUUCUUUGCUUGUAUGGAUUUAGGUGGUCCAGAAAUGGUGGCAUUUGAAUUUCGUUGUCCUUAUGAAUUGGUAUUCGAUCAAGAAAAAUUAGUUUGCGAGUGGCCUUGGUUGGUACCAAGUUGCUCAAGUACUGGAUCUGGUUAUACAAGAAGCGAAUAUGACAUUCAUGCUAGUAGCGGAUCUACUCAAGGUUCAGGUAGAUUUGUUACCGGUGGAAUACCCGAUGGAUUUUCUGGAACAACAGGAGCAGGUUAUUACCAAACUGGUGCUAAUGCAUUUACCGGUUCAUCUGAUACAAGAUUUACGGGUUCAUCUGGUACACGAUUUACGGGUUCAUCUGGUACACGAUUUACGGGUUCAUCUGGUACACGAUUUACUGGUUCAUCAAUUGGACACGGUAUUGGGCAAUCAGGUUACUCGGAAGUAACUGGAGGAUUUUCAACUGGAUCAGGUACUGGUAGUACUACGGGAUAUGGAUCAAUUACUGGUUCACAUGAAAUUGGUGGACAUUAUUCUGGAAGUGUAUCAGAUGGAUUUAAAGGUUCAACUGGAUCAGGUACUGGUAGUACUACGGGAUAUGGAUCAAUUACUGGUUCACAUGAAAUUGGUGGACAUUAUACUGGAAGUGUAUCAGAUGGAUAUAAAGGUUCAACUGGCACAGGAUAUAUUGGAAUUCAAACAGAUACUGAUGGAUCUAGAUAUUCAGGAUCGUUAGGAUCAAAUAGUGUAUAUCGGGGUUCAACAACUGGUAUUCAUGCAGGAUCAGGAUAUACGAAAACUAGCAGUGAUUCAUCGAGCACUAAAACGUAUUCACAAUCGAAUGGUCAAACUUCAUUUGGAUCAGGAUAUUCGCAAGGAACACGUGUUCCUUAUCAAGGCUCUAGUAACACCAUUCAAACUGGUGGUGGAUCUGCAGGAUCUAUUAAUGGUGUAUAUACCGUAUCGACCAAUGGAUUAUCAGGUUCCCAAUAUACGGGAGGUUUAGGAAAUACUAAUGAAUACUCUGAAUCAUCUAGUCCUGAUUAUAUAGGGGGAGAUAUUGAUUCUGGUUUUGGAUAUAAAGGACCGAUAGGUGAUUAUACUGAAGAUUAUAACGAACAGAAAGGAUCUAAUGGAUAUUCCGACAGUACAUUGUAUUCAGGAGUAACUAAAGGAACAUUGACACAAACAGGUGGAUACACAGGAUCAUCUGGAAGUAGCUAUACUGAUUCUUCGAAUACAGGAUAUUCGCAAAGACCUUCUAUUUCUGGAUCUUCUACUGGAAUUGGACAUGCUGGAACGAUUGAUUACGCAGGAUCUACAGGAUCUGGAUAUACUGGAUCAGAUUUGUCAAUGAAAACAAAAUAUACUAGCUCAUUUAAUGCGGGACACUUUGGAGGUUCUAGCACUGCAUUUACAGGAUCAACGUCAAUUGGUUCAAAUUAUCCUGAUAAAUCGAUAGUAGGUGGAAAAGUUGUACCAGGAGUAUUACAAGGUGGAAGUUACGAUACGACAUCUACAUUGGCACAAGGCCAUACGGGUAGCAGUACUCAUUAUUUUGAAAAAUCUAAAGAUUCUGAAUUACCUGGUUAUACUAUACCAGUACAAAUUAUACCUGGGGAAUCACCAUAUUAUACAAGUGGUGUUACAGGAGGUAGUUCAGUAACGGAUACUGUUAGUGGAAGCUACAGUGGUGGAAAAAUUGGUUCGGGUUCAACAUCAUCAGUAUUUACAAAUUAUCAAGGCCAGACAGGUACAUACAUUACUGAUCAUGCAGUAUCUGGUGGUCCUAUAUAUUCUAGCCAAUCUGGAAUCAAAACAACUUAUACUGAUGGUACUGGUGCAACAAGCGUUUUCCGUAAAGAUGGAUUUAAUAAAUACGAUGGUGUUUCAGGAAGUAAUUUAAAUAUUACAUUAGUACUUGAUAAUACUACGCCUAUACCUAAUAAAUUUUAUCAACACACUGGUUAUACUAAUGGUUAUAAUCUUGGACAAACAAGUACUGGCACUAUCAUUACUGGUAACAAUGUUGAAGGAGCUAUAAUCACUGACGAUUCUUCUUCUGGAUCUGUUAUUACUCAAGGAGAUAUAUCUGGAUCAAUUUCAACAGGAUCAGCUCAACAAGGAACUGUUAUCACUGGAAGUAGUCAACCAGGAUAUGUUAAAACACAAACUGGUUCUCCUGGGUAUGUUGUUAGUGAUGGAGUUAAAACUAUUUAUUCUGAAUCAUCUAGUCCAGGAACUUUGUUGCACGGAUCAGUUUCUUCAGGAGUUUCAUUGGGUGGAACUCCUACUUCUGGUGUAAUCUUGCAGGGACAGAGUAGCCCGAGUAUUCAUUUAACUGGCCAAACUUCUAGUGGUGUUGUAGUAGGUGGAAAUGUUCAAGAAGGUACUACUGUUGGUGGAAAUUAUUAUUAUACCGGUUCUGAAUCAUCAAUUUAUAGUAACAAAGGUUCGAGUAAUGUAGGACAGGUGACUCCUUCAACCACUGAAAGAACAAGUUAUAAGAUAAAUGAAUACCAUGAUAACGGAGGACGUGGUACCAUCAAAUUUAAUAAUGGUCUUGUUACCACUAAAUACACUGAAAGUGAUCUUAAAGAUUACAGAACAUCGAUUGGUACGCUUCCCGACAAUUCUGUGCCUGGAGGCAGAUUCGAUGGAAUUUACAGUCAAACAGGUUCUUCGGGAUACUCUUCUACUAAAUCUAAUACAUUUACUCAAGAUGGAUUUACAAAAACAGGACCAACAAGAACGGGAUAUGUAACUGCAACCUUAGGUGGUAGAGGAUCUUACACUACCAGUACUGGACAACGUCCUGCAAUAAAUUAUGAUAAAAUUGGAGAAAAUGCUUUUGAUGGAAAUGUUGCUGGGUAUACGAAAACGUCUAAGAUUCAUUCAAAUGUAAUUACAUCAACUGAAGCACCAGAUGCUACACACGUCGAUACAUCUAAAAUCACUUUAGGACCAUCUCAUUCAGUAUCAAAUAUUUACGAUAAUACCGGUGGUAUAAAAUCUUCCACGACUAGUGAAGGAUCUUAUGCAGUGACGACACCUUCUUAUUUAGAUGUUGGAAUUUAUCAAACACCAUCGACCAUAGAUUCUGCAAGAGUAACACCUGUAUCUAUCACAGAUGACACGUACAAUAAACCAAGUUAUGUAACUGGACAAAUUCCAACAGGAUUUGUUAAACAAAGGCAACCAACACCAACUGUUUCCUCAGGACUUUACACAACUGGACCAAUUGAAAACUAUAGAACAACAGUUUUCGAAGCAGCUAAAAUUCCAGUUUCUGUAUCUAUGGUUCAACCAGUAUUCGAUAAUGGUUACAAAACUAUCAUUUCUUCAACACCUAUCCCAAUUAGUUCAUCAGGAACAACAUACACUUAUAAGGAUAAUCGUUUUAACACUGGAUCUCUUUCCACGCAUGCCCAAUCUGUUUAUGAAAGUGGGGGUUCAUUCCAAUCAACUGGUUUAUAUAAUCAAACAGGUCACAUCCCUGUUACCACUUCUUUACCUUCAGUUUCUAUAUCAUCUGGAUAUGUUUCGGAAAAGUCAAGACCAUCAACAAUAUUUGGAACUUAUAAUCAACCGACUGUAACAUCGCAACCAGAGAUACAAUACGUUCCUAGUAGCACUACAGGAUCCGUUUCAAAUGGUUUUAAUGGAUACACUUAUACAAAAGGAAAGAUACCAUUUGGAGUAAAUGUCACACCCUCUACAAUAAUUCAUCAGCAAUCUACGGAAAGUGUACAGUCAUCGUCAACGACACCUUCAUCACCAAUCGGAGUAAUCUACACGAAACCAUUCUCAUUAUCUAGUACAAUUUAUGAUCAGUCUACUCCAAAAUCUAUUUCAGUGAUUGGUGAUACAUCAUCUAGUCAAGAUUACGAUACGAAAACUAAGACAUCAUUUGGAUCGAGUACUACUUUCGGUGAAUCACCAAUGAAUUUAGAUAUCUCACUUGAUAAAGUAGAGACCCUUGUCAAUAAUUACAACAGAGGAACGGUUAAAUAUGUUCCUAACAAAUAUGACACUUAUACUGGAAUCGAUAGUACAAGUUCUACAGGAUCAACUUACAGAGGAUCAACAAGCAGAAAACAAUCAUCCUACUCAACUUCAGCUGGUCAAACUUACGUUGGAUCAACGAGAACUGAAAGUACACCGAUUAUAACGACGUAUUCAGGUGGUUAUAGCAAAUCGUCAUCUGUAACACCAUCUUACGAGAUAAGCACGCAAACAACUGCUGUACAAAGUAAAGGUAAAGUUAUCGUUAAAUGGAGUGAUCUGCAUCCAUUGCUUAUCAGCAAACUUGGUGCGGAAUGUACUUGUAAAGCUGAUCCUUUCGGAACACUUCGUGGUCCUGGUAAAAAUUUAAUAAACUCAUCUAAGGGUCAAAUAGAUCUUGCCAAUUAUGAUGAAUCAGAUGUAUACGUUGAUCUUGAAAAUGAUGACUCUGGUGAAUACGAUUACGUUACCAAUUAUGGAUCUUCCUCACCGAGACCUUUCAAAAUUGAAAAUAAAGCUAUCACUGCAAGCACUGAUAAAAGUGCAUCUCCUGGUUCCACCUAUUUACCGAGUGUAUCUACUUCAGUUACUCGCAGUUUUAUUCCAAGUGAAAGAUCAGGAAAGAAAUUGGAACAAAGUGAUUCGAGUACCAAUUCAGUAGGUGAAUCAAACAACUAUAACUUUGUUCCGAAAAGUCUUGAGGAAUCUGAAGAAAUUCUAGAAGGUCCCAAUGAUUGUGCCAGACCUGGUCUUUUCAGACAUCCUAAUUCAUGUAACAAGUUCUAUGCUUGUCACUGGGACGAAUGGAAGAAAAGAUUUACUCUUCAUGUGUUCAAUUGUCCAGUAUUCUUGACAUUCGAUAACAACGCUGAGGCAUGCAAUUGGCCUAGCAAAGGACCAGCUUGUCAAGAUGGCAACUUAUUGGUUUAAAAUUUACUAUUAUUCUUCCAUUAUUCGUUUAUUGAGGAUCAUGAGCAAACUUUACUGGAUCUUUGAUCCAAAUCGAGAUCUGAGAGAUCGAUACGUUAUUCUCGUGAACAAUUGUAAAUAAUAAUUAUUAUUUCUUUCUAUUUCUUUCUAAAUUUGUAUAUAUCUAUUAUAAAUAUGCAC